AUGUGCUCCAGCAUGGAAGGCAUCUACUCAGACUUGGACAGCUCUAGCUACGACCAGUCCUUCUCCAUCACAGACGAUGAAGACUCCCGCAGCAGCAUGAUCACCCCCUCCCCUUCCUCAUCCCUCGGCCAGCCUUGCUCUCCGGCGGUCAGCCAGGAGCCAGCUGUCCAGGAGCAGCCAGAGAAGAAGAGGCGGAGGGGCCGCGGUAAGGGCGAUGGCGUCCUGCACACAAUCAAAAAGAACAGACGGGUGAAGGCGAACGACCGGGAGAGGAACAGAAUGCACAGUCUGAACGACGCGCUAGACAGGCUCAGGUGCGUUCUCCCCGCCUUCCCGGACGACAGCAAGCUCACUAAGAUCGAGACCCUGCGCUUUGCACACAACUACAUCUGGGCGCUGUCAGAGACCAUUAGAAUAGCGGACCGGGAGAAAACGAGCGAGGGGUCCACCAUGCUCCCUGCAGGGCUGAGCCGGGUUGCAGAUGCCCCCAGCCCGGGCAGCGAAGCCUGCUCGUGGAUGUCCAGUGGCUCCUCCUCGUCAUCUCCAUCCUACGGCCCCUCUAACCCCAGCAGCCCCGCUACAUCUGAGGACUAUGGAUUUGUACAGACGGACAGCCUCUAUCACAACUACCACAGCUUCGUAACAGGCAUCUACUGUCAGAAUUAA